AUCUGGGUGGAGUGGUGGAGAGGAGGUAGAGUGAAAGGAAAAGAAAAGAACAAAGGAGAAGGGGACGGACGAUGAUUCUUACUUGCCAUAGAAAGAACUGCAAGAACAGAUAUCAUCAUCAUCUUCCCAGCCACAACUACCGGGUCUCGUUUCUUCUUCCUCACUGAAAGAGCACAACACACAAAACCCUAACAUUCCCGAUGUCAAUUAGCUUUCGAUGAGACCCGAUCACCAUUUUCAUCCUCAUCAGUGUCCAUCACUCUAGCCCAUUUGGAGUUCUCUUGACAGGAACCGCCGUGCGUCAACCGUGGCCACCGGCUUCCACCGCCACACUCACCGGACCGUGUCGUCUCAUCUUCGGCAAGCUUUGUUUAUCGCCGCCGUUCACCGCCGUUCACCACCAUACCUUCAUCGUGUUGGGCCUCCCUGUAUCCAACACCACUGUAGUGACGUAAGCGAAGAACUCCUAUCAUAGCCUCCGGUCAAUCUCUCUUUUAGUAGCAAUGAUUGAAGCAUACAUCUGUAGCAACAUGUGGCCAUGACAUUGGUUAAGCAAGAAAAAGUAUAAAAUGCUGUCAACUACUGUCGCUGCUCAGCUUCCAAGUUGUUGGUACCGCAUUCCCAACCAUCUUAACGUCCAUCAUGAUGCCCAACAAAAGAGAAAACUCACCACUCUAUCACUUUCCAAUGCAGAUAGCCAAAUUUCCCUCAAAAACUUAUGUGACCUAAGUCUUCCUCAGACCCAAAAUUGCAGCAAAGGGCAAGAAAGCAAUAACCGUUCAAUACAUAAUCCCAAUUCAAAUCAGAACCACAAAAACUUAUUAUUUCUACAAUUGCUCCCUGAUAGUGACACAGAUGACAUCAAUAAUCAAAAUCCAAGAACAAGAAACCACUGCCAACACCAAGUAGACGAACAAAGAGAAUUCAAGGACAAUAACAAGGCUAGCCUUUUCACAAACAUGCGGUGGGUAGAUGUGAAAGCAGCACUUGGCCAAAGAAUCAACUUGGAGGCCAUUCUAUGUUCAACUAUGGUGAUCUUUAAAGACCCGAAAUUGGCAAUGCCCCAUAUUUUUGUUCCUGAUAUAAGGUAUGUUGAUUGGGCUGAGCUGCGCAGAAAGGGAUUUAAGGGAGUUGUCUUUGACAAAGACAAUACCAUUACAGCGCCUUACUCUUUGAAGCCCUGGCCACCACUUGAGUCUUCAUUGGAGAGUUGUAAAUUGGCAUUUGGUCAUGAUAUUGCUGUGUUUAGUAAUUCUGCUGGACUUCAUGAAUAUGACCAUGAUGGUUCAAAAGCUAGGAUGCUUGAAGGUGCAAUUGGAAUUAAAGUCAUCAGACAUAGGGUGAAGAAGCCAGGCGGUACAGCUGAAGAAACUGAAAAGCAUUUUGGUUGUGAAGCUUCGCAAUUAAUUAUGGUGGGUGAUCGGCCAUUCACUGACAUUGUUUAUGGCAAUCGGAAUGGGUUUCUAACUAUUUUGACAGAGCCAUUGAGUCUUGCUGAGGAGCCAUUUAUUGUUAAGCAGGUGAGGAAGCUAGAAAAUUCAUUUGUAAGGUACUGGUCCAGAAGAAGGUUGAAGCCACCUAGCCAGAGGUUAUUGCCAGAUCCAAAGUUAUGUGUCAGAGAGCCACAUCCUUCACAAGACUAAUCUCUAAACACCGCCACCUUUUUUUUACCAUAUUACUGCCCUUGAGUAAUUGCAUAAAUGUGAAUAAUUUUUUUUUAAAUAAUCAUUUAGUUUAUUUUUUACCAAAUGGAAAGCAUUCCCCAGCUGUCUUA